AUAUGCACUGUACACCAAUGCAACUUGGCUGGCAUUGUUUUACGAAACGGCCUGAGGUGUGUUUCAAAAACACUCGCCUAGUUUUUGACAGACCGAACCAUCACACAAACGUAGUCUAUUCUUAUUUAUGACAUUAACUACUCGUCAUUCAUUAAAUCGUUCAAAUUAUUACACUCUUUAACACCCGUCAUUAUCUUCAUUAUCUUCCUGAGUGGCAAUUGCCUCAAAAAGCCAAAGUGUCCUUCCUUCUUUUGAAAGAUCUCUACAAGUUACCCAUCCAUGGAGACUAAGGGGCUGUGAGUCGAUUUCAAGUAAGGGCAGAAGAGCCCUGGGGACAUUGUCUUACAAGACGAAAACGAUCGCAGUUGUUCUGGCAUCUGAUUGGUGCCCGAAAAUCUUUGUGUUUUUCUGCUCAAUCAGAAUGAAAGUAUGCUUUGGAGUCCUUUCAUGUGUUUAACACGGAGAUGUAUAAAAGCUCAAUUGCUCGCCUUGUUUGUUUAGGCCGUGCGACGAUGCUUUGCUCGAGGUGA